CGGCACAUGCGCGGCUGCAUUGAGUCGUGUUUACCAGACGCUAAUUCUAGGUGCGUUCGUUUUGUACCUAUACUCAUUGGCAAGUCUCCACAUUUCUUCUGUGCUAGUCAAUGGCACAAGUGUGCUCGAUUGACAGGUUGAACAUCGAUUACGCGUGACUAUACUUUUAGAGGAGUUCAGUGCUAGUAGUUGGACCAUUGUGAAUUCCGUGGUCAUGAUAGAAAACACCGAAACUGUUGGCAACCCGGAACCCUGUCUAGGACAUUGCGUAAACUGCCAAACACGCAUGCUAAGCAAGCGGACUUUAGCAAACAACAUUCAACAACACGAGAACGAUUUCGCUCGGCAUAUCGUUCUACUGUCGGCAAUGGGAUCUAUGCGAUAUAUAUUUGUGGCACUGGUGUCACUAUGCCUCCUUACACAAGCUCAAGGUCAGUUCAUCAUUGAGCCGAGUAACGUCGAGGUACAGAUGGGCGAUGAGAUUCAGUUAAAGUGCCAGUUCGGCACCAGUUUCUUCAACGACUUCUCACAGACUUUUCGUAGCUGGUCUCGAGCGUCUGAUGGUUUGAUCAUAGUCAGCAACAUUGUAGUGCCUCGAUACACGAUCACCGAGGAUGUAACAACAGGACAGUUUGAUCUAACAAUCUCUGACGCGUCCUACGAAUCAGAGAAUACAGAUUUCAUAUGUCAAGCACAAUAUAAUGGAAAUAACUAUCAGAAAUCGGCUACAGUGACAGUACUUAGAAAACCAAAGCAGCCAACUAUAAGUGCUGUGCCGUCCUUCAGCGUGAAUGAGGGAACUGAUGUUGCUCUGAGGUGUGAGAGCUAUGAUGGUAGCCCACCCCCAAAUAUUGUCUGGACAAAGUACGACGGGACAGAGGUGGAGGGUGAGUAUGUCGCAGGCAAGUUCUCCAAUGUCGGGCAGGGGCCAACGAGUAAGACAAUACAGGUGAACGCGUCGCGGGCCGACAACGGGCAGUCGUACAUCUGCACCGUCUGGAACAAGGUCAACGCCAACGACCCGCUACAGGAGACAUCCCCGCCCUUCACCGUGCAGUAUCGGCCGGAUGUGGUAAUGAAACCAGACUAUGACCCACUGAAGCUAGAGCUGGGCAGCAGAGAUGCUGCCCUUACCUGUGACGUGGAUGCAAACCCUUCAUCCGUCAGCAGAACCUGGUACCACGAUGGCAAUACACUGAAUUACAAUGGCGAGUCUUAUGCACUGAACCCAGUGCAAAAGGAGAUGGCCGGUAUCUACAAGUGCCUGGCAACAAACAACAUUGGCUCAGGCUUUGACCAAUUAGAAGUGCAAGUCCUCUACGGCCCUAUUCUAACGGUGGAUGAGAGGGUAUCUGCACUCGAGUCGACAACUGUCACCUUAACGUGCAAUUUCGAUGCCAAUCCUACGCCCUCUAAGGUCGAAUGGUGGAAGGAUGGAGGCAUGAUUUUUCAAGGCAGUGAACUUACGUUUAAUGACGUAAUGCGUGAUCAAGCUGGCAACUACACUUGUGAGGUGACAAAUUAUCUCGACCUGUCCGAAUCGAGUCAGGCCAAAGAGCAGGUUGGCCGUGCGACAACAUACCUCGAAGUGCAGUAUGCACCAGGCGCGGCAAGCAUCACACCUCUCAACCAGGAGGCGCUGGUCAACGGCAAUGUGACGAUGCACUGCUACGUGACAGACCCAGGAGUUCCCAUGGGGACAUUCUACUGGAAGCGAAAAGGAGAGGAUUUCUACAUAUGGUCGGACGCGACGUAUACGAUGAUAAGCCUGACCCUGGCUGACAGUGGAGAGUAUGAAUGCCUGGUUACGAACAGCAUUGGCGGCGGAGCCCCGGCAACUGUGAAUCUAGUCGUGAAUCAGUCCCCACAAAUCAUUGAAGCACCAGAAAAAGAGUUGGUUGCAAAUAGCAGUAAUACGGGCCUCUCUGUAACGUGCACUGCUCAGGGCAAACCAGCCCCAGUAAUCACGUGGCUCAAGGACAAUGUGGAACUCACCAGUAACGACAUGUUCAUGAUUGCAAGUAGCACAGAUCCCGUAGACUCUCACAUCAGUGAGACGGACAGCCGUCUGUCGUGGGAGGGAACGGGCAGACCCGGCGGAGUCAUCAGCAAGGACGAUACGGGCAGCUAUGAGUGCAGGGCCUCUGGCGCCGGACCCACUGACUCCAGGUUCACCCACCUCACUGUAAACUAUAUGCCGGUCGGCGCGCAGGAGCAGGACAAGUUUGCGUUCGACGUGGGCACAACGGCAACCGUCGUCUGCCAGUUCCGCGCGGUGCCGGCGCCGAGCUUUGCGUGGUCGCGCGACGGCGCCGAGCUGCACAACGACACGGAUCGCAUCACCGUGGUGACGUACGCGCGGCCGGAGCUCGGCGACCUGCACGAGAGCCACCUGCUCAUCGACGGCAUGCACUCGGGCGACGUCGGAGAGUACUCGUGCCGCUCCGACAACAUGCUAGGUGGCGCCAGCGUCGCCCUCGAGCUGCAGCUUGUAGGCAAACCGGAUCCCCCAGCGAACCUCAAUUACGACAACGUGACGCACGACUCGGUCUAUCUGACGUGGGAUGCUGGGUUCGACGGGGGCGCACCGCAAGUCUUCCUCAUUGUCUAUCAGAUGGGCUCCGUUCGAGCACAAGAGACGAUUGAAGCGGGCAGCAGCACGGAAUUUGUUAUCACGGACCUGAGUCCGAUGACGACCUACAGCUUCUACGUGGCAGCGAGCAACACGCAGGGCGUGAGCGAGCCGUCAAAUCGCGUCGCCGUGGAAACGCUCGCAAAGCCCGUCGACCCCAACGGUGUCGUUCUCACCGAGGUCGGCAUCAACGAGGUCAGCAAGAAGCUGACGUGGACGGCGUCGCCGGCCGAGCCACAGGCGUGCGUGCGCGUGGAGACGCAGGACGAGGAGGGGUCGCUCGGCUGGGAGACGUACCGAGCGUGUGAGAUGAUAAAUUCCGAAUACGUGAAAGUUGACAGUUAUAGCAAGAACAUGAAUAUUCGAACUUCUGUCUGCAUGAGUAACAACCCAGAUGACUGUGGUGUCCCCGUGCUGGCUGAAAUUUCAUUUCACAAGUGGAUACUGAUCCUGCUGUGUUGCCUUGGUGCUCUUGCUCUCGUGAUCAUCAUCACUGUGGUUGUGUGCUGUUGCUGUUGUCGCAAGAAGAAAGUACCCGAAAAUAAAGUCGGGAAAGACUAUGAGAUGGAGACACCACACGUUAGACAUGUCUCCCCACCGCGAUCUAAUCUAGAAGGAAUUUCGAACAAGGCUCUCUCAACUGAAUACGAUGACCUAGGGCCACCAAGUGUACAUAACGGUGUCAGCUACUACCAUAGUCCAAACGUGAAUAGCAAUGGUCCACCACCAGCGUAUAAUGGCAACAGAUCGUCAUACCACGCACCGCCUUUAUACAACGGUAGUACGCAGUCUGACAUCUAUAAACCAGACCCAUGGGAUGCUGACCCUUACUGCAACGACGACGAUAUGAACAGGCUCAAUAGCAAUAAUUCUAUAGAUAAUCCAUACCUGCACAUCAGCGGACUGCCCGACCCAUACGACUACGAUGACUACUCGUCAUCACGCGCGCCCUCCACCAAUGUCACGUACGACCAGGGCAGCGUGGCCAGCGGUCAGUCGACGCCGCACACGCCGCAGCGCAAGGUCAUUCACGAGGUGAUAGUGUAACCGUGGACGGGUCAGUGCAAGCUCCCAAAGUCGGCCCGAAAGUACACGCUAUCGCACACUGCUUCCGUUUCGAAUGGUUCUGAAAUCGUCACUUGAUCGUUUGCGAUACAUUUGCUCAAAAUAUAGUUCAGGUUGGGAUUUUUUCUUGAGGUCUGACGUUUCAAUUCUCAAACUGCCAAGACAGACUCGAUUGUAACGUUGAAUAUUCGUCCAGAGUCUAGCAAUGAGUUUAUGAUGUCUACCCGUUGACAUACUGUAUUCCGGUAAUGCUUGGUACCAAGUCAUAUUUCUGUUAUAAAACCCUACUGUUAAUUAUUGCCCCAAUCCAUGGCAAAAUAGGAUGCAUAUCUGAAUCGGAAGAUAAGGUCUUUGACGUGCCAUGUUGGCGUCCUUUAAGUCAUCUAGUGGAGUGUAGCCGUCACACUCCAGUAGAAAACAAGGUUUUCUAUAGAUCCUAAUAGUGGUCACAUCUGCAUGGCGAUUGUUUGAAUAGCGAUUCUUUGUAUCUGGUCGGUUGUAUACCUAUGUUUAAACUGUUAUGAAGACGAAAAUCAAAAUAUAGCAAAGCAUGUGUAAAAAUGUUGUUAUAAGUCAGUGACAUAAUUUGAAUAAUUAAUUAUGAGUAGCGAAAAACCUACUCUGGUUUUACUGUCGAUGAAUGUUCUGGUUACAUGAACAAGAUCGUGAAUAAUUCUGUCAGAUAUUCAGUGUAUAGAUCGUAUGUAUGUAUAAUUGAAAGUUGUGUAUCCCAUAGAUACGUAUCCUCACGUAUAUGUAUAUAGUACACGCAUAUUUGUCCUCAUAUGUACUAGAUUUGGUAUGUUUUUUAAAACUGGAAACCUAUUCUUUCUACUGGCACGUGCGCAAAUCGUCGAUAAGACGGUCUUUAGUUCAAUAUAAAUUAGUGUUUAUCCACUGCGAAUCAUGGUAGCUGUAUAAAACCCUGCCCUUGUUCUUUGUAACCUGUCAUGGUGUAAUUAAUCGACAUAAUGUGCAUGAAUGGAUUCUUAUGGCAAGUCGAAGUUCCGCUCCCUGUUAUAUGUAUAGAGAGAACUACAGCCGAGUAUGACAUAUACACUAUAUAAGACAGAAUACUGUGACGUCUGUGAAAUAGUUUGCAUGAGAUUCUUUAGUAGUAUGCGUCUUCCUCUGCGGCUGCCAAUAAUUUGAAAUAUGAAUUGAUUUUCAGUGUUACAAUCUUGUGAAUGAUUAAUUGUUAAACACCGGGGUCUUUUUUUGAGCGCAGCUUUUUUUUAUUUAGACUGGUCGCCCUGUCUCUUCGGAACAGGGCAACCAGUCUAUGAGUGAUUAUAUGCGUGUCACUGGAUCAUAAAGUCACAGACGCGCUGAAAACAUAUUCAUGGGCAUUGCUCGAGGUUUUAGGUCGUUACAGCUUUCUUACAAAUAUAGCUGUCGUACAUUUAGCGUCUGCAGUUUAGUAACAAACGUGCAAAAAGAAUGUGCAAGAAUGCAUCACAUCAUAGAAGAAUUAUUAUGUGCACGUGUCGCCGUACACGAGUAGUUUUAUACAACAAAUUCUGCUGAUGACCAUUGUUUUGUAACAUAACUUAUUGUAUAUAAUGUAAUUUUAUAUUCUACAUACAGCUUUUAACAUUAUAGCCUGGCGGUGUAGAAGACGGUAUAUGUGAAUAAUAAUUUACUUGUGGUAAUGCAAAUCAAGCAAAGCAGUCGCAUAUAUGCAUAGCCUAGCAAUUGAUUGUAAUACACAGUAAUUGAUGAUUUUGGAAUAUAUAUUUCUACACAAAUAUUUAUAGCA